UAACUGCCCAGCGCGCACAUCCUAAGCAACAGCUUAGAGACGGUAUUGUGUGGUGAAGGCAGGGUCUCGUGGCCGGUGCAUCGUUGAGCUCAGUAAGAAAGGGAAAAGAAACCAUGUCGUACACGAAGUUCAUUGCCGCUCUUGUUAGAGCAAACUCGAGCAAUGUCGGGAAAAUACGCAUUUCACCUGCAAGAUGUCGAUCAACGGCGGCAUCCACCAAGAGCCAAGAAGAGAAAGAACAGCAGAUGGAUGGCUGCCCCGUGGUAGAAACGGUGCCGGUUGAACUCAUCAGCGAGAACAAAAAUGCUGCAAACACACAGCUGAGUAAAAUCCACAUUGACUUCGACAACACUCAAGAAGCCUACAAAAGCAAAGGUAACAUUGAGCUGCUCCGGAGUCUGCUGGUAUUCAAGCUUUGUACAAUUGACCUGCUCGUUGACAAGAACAAAGAGUUGAUGGAUCUAAGUAAGAAGCUGUUGGGUCAGUGGAUGUUUGAGAAGCUGAUGAAGAUGACCUUCUAUGGUCAGUUUGUGGCGGGGGAAGACCACAACUCCAUCAAACCUUUAAUUCAGAAGAAUCAGGCCUUUGGAGUAGGGGCGGUUUUGGACUACAGUGUUGAAGAGGACUUGACACAAGAGGAGGCAGAGAAGAAGGAAAUGGAUUCAUGUGUUUCUGAAGCAGAGAAAGAAAGUCCAGGUGCUGAUCAUCGUGAGAAGAAAUAUAAGGCUCAUCGUCAGUUUGGGGACAGGCGUGGGGGAGUUAUCAGUGCUCGCACAUAUUUCUAUGCAGAUGAGGCCAAAUGUGACAACCAAAUGGAGACAUUCAUAAACUGCAUUAAAGCCUCCGGUGGAGCCUCCUCUGAUGGAUUUUCUGCCAUCAAAAUGACAGCUCUGGGACGCCCACAGUUCCUUCUCCAGUUUUCAGAAGUCCUGGUUAAAUGGAGACAGUUCUUCAACUUCCUCGCAGCUCAACAGGGAAAAUCACAAAUGAUGGUUUUGGAGCAAAAACUGGAGCUGGAACAACUCAAGGAAAGCCUGACUAAGCUGGGUGUUGGAGACAAGGAUGACAUUGAGAACUGGUUUACUGGAGAGAAGCUGGGUUUGUCAGGAACAAUAGAUCUGCUGGACUGGAACAGUUUAAUAAACGAUACAACAAAAAUCUCCAAUCUGCUCAUGGUGCCGAACCUUGAGACAGGCCACCUGGAACCUUUGCUGAACAAGUUUACAGCUGAGGAGGAGAGCCAGAUGAAGAGAAUGCUGCAGAGAGUGGACGUUCUGGCCAAGCAUGCUUUAGAGAAUGGGGUAAGGCUAAUGGUGGAUGCCGAGCAAACAUACUUCCAGCCAGCGAUUAGUCGACUGACCCUAGAAAUGCAGAGGAAAUUCAACAAAGAAAAGCCAAUCAUUUUCAACACCUACCAGUGUUACCUCAAGGAAGCCUACGACAAUGUAACUGUGGAUGUUGAGCUGUCGCGACGGGAGGGCUGGUACUUUGGUGCCAAACUGGUCCGUGGAGCCUACAUGUACCAAGAGAGAGCCAGGGCCAAGGAGAUUGGCUACGAAGACCCAAUAAACCCAGACUAUGAGGCCACUAACAGGAUGUAUCACAAGUGUUUGGAGUACGUGUUGGAGGAGAUUGAACACAGCAGGAAAGCAAAUGUCAUGGUUGCAUCUCACAAUGAGGACACAGUGAAAUUCACCCUAGAAAAGAUGAAUGAGAUGGGCCUUUCACCCACUGAGAAUAAAGUUUACUUUGGACAGCUGCUGGGCAUGUGUGACCAGAUCAGCUUCCCAUUAGGUCAAGCAGGUUUCCCAGUCUACAAGUAUGUCCCAUAUGGCCCAGUCAACGAGGUCAUUCCAUAUCUGUCUCGUCGCGCUCAAGAAAACCGCGGCUUCAUGAAGGGAUCUCAGAGAGAGCGCAGCCUCCUGUGGAAGGAGCUGAAACGCAGGGUGCUGGGUGGUCAGAUUUUCUACAAGCCUGUCUACUGAGUCACACGACCAUAACAUGCCAACUGGAGUAUUUGUGUAAGCAUUCCACCACCAACUGUACCACUACCUGCUAACCACUGUUAGUAGAGGAAGAUUAAUGGCCUUCCUUUUCUUGCCAGGCUGCAUAGUAUUGAAGAACGUCUUACAGUUUUACUGACAGGUAUUUAAAGUGCAGAUUAUGAUAGGGAUUUGUUUUGCUUUGUAGCGAUACACAUGGUGUUGCUUUAAGAAGUGAUCAUUUGCCUCAAAAUCAGCGUCAGUUUAUUUAAGCUAAAACUGGCCGUGGUAAUCCUCAGAAUCAGUUCUGCCAAAAUCUAAAUUUGCUCAUUUGCUUAAGAGCUUUUGCAAAUGUUUAUGACUCGAAACAUGUAUCCUUCCUUGUGUUUAUAUGGCUACCAAAGGUGGCUUACUUGUAUAUAAAAAGCUGUCACAUGCUUUUUAAAAUGGUGAAAGACAAUCUUUGUAUGUUUUGUUCAGUGCUAAGAUUAUUUUUAUUUAGCUGUCACUUAAAAGUGCCUAAUGAUUUUCCACAAGAUUAACUGGAAGCGGUCUGCUGCUGUACAACUUAUUAUAAAUUAUUAAAAAGUAAAUUAUUUAAACUUGUU